AUGAGUCUUUCAGAUGUUGACAUCAGUGACUCUGAGACGGAUGAGUAUAACGCAGCAUAUCAUACACCCGCAAUACAGGUGGAGGGACAUCGAAGACUCAGGAAGAUAGUUAUCGAUGGAGGCACUGGAGGCUCAAAUCUCGCCAAGACGUUAUUUGUUGAGGCAGGUUCUGCCGACUGUGUCGCAAUUUUGUCGACAUACGACACGGAGCGUUCGCUGUCCAGUCUUCGCGUGACAUUACGACAUCCUUUUCAAUCGAUGGCAGUACUGUAUGGCCAUCAAUCUGGACUCAGCUGUCUCGUGAAGGAGCUCAAACGUCAAUGUGAUCGACUAUUCUACCAGCAGACGAAUUUCGCUGAGGCUUGUCGUCGUGUCCUCCCUCCUGAAACUUCCUCCACUUAUCCCAGCCGCACACCGUCGCAGGUGGACAUGAGAAGACUGGUCACGACUGCGAGUAUGUCACUGGUGGAUGAGACGUGGAUCUUGACAACGACGACCUUUCUGCUCAAAUCACACCAUUACAUUAUCGGACAACCUGCUGUUGCUGUAGCAUUCUUGGUCCUAUCUCCGCCUUCCCAAGUCAGUCGAUCGAUGAACCCACGAAUUCGUAUAUCGUCUCGCGUGCAGACGAUUGAAGAUUCACAACCAUCGAGAACCUGGCAAGGUCAUGCUGGACAAGAGGCUUUCCCAUUCGGGGUGCAUCAUACAUAUUCCUGA